AGGCUCUGGCUUGGCUUCAAAACAGGGAUCUCGCAUCUUGCACGCUUGUUGCUCUUGAUGCAUUGGAUAAGUCGGUAAGCCCACCGGUCUUUCUAGCCCACUAUUGUAUACUAUAUCUGGUCGAAUUUUUGGGCUUAUAGCGGUAAACGCCUGACACAUAGAUGAGCGAUUCGCAGGAACGCAAACAAAGAGAGCAGCAAAUGAAAUCCACAAUAAAUCAGAAGCUCCUUGAGAGUGGCGAAAGAGAUAGGCUGAAAGAACUUUUACGAACCAGGCUUAUUGAAUGUGGGUGGAAAGAUCAAUUAAAAGCUCAUUGCAAAGAAGUUAUCAAGGAGAAAGGGGUAGAAAAUGUCACUGUUGAUGAUUUGAUUGCUGAAAUUACUCCAAAAGGAAGAGCUACAGUGCCAGACAGCAUAAAGCGUGAACUACUUCAAGAAAUCAGAAAAUUUCUCGCAGAGCAGCAGAGCAGCAGCUGACGCCGCAACAUCGAUUUCAUUGCAUAACCAACUUUUCCAAACCAUGUUUCAUGUUUCAACCACGGCACUGCAGUAUUUUGUGGGAAACGUUAUUUUUGCUUCUAUGUGUCUGUUAGUGUGGGGAAAUGUUGCAACACAUUCCUUCAAAACAUUUUUGUAAAAAUCUUCAUGGCAUCACAGAAUCUGGAUUGAUUUUUCAUCAACACUAUUCAGUUGUGUUUGGCGUACAUUGAUCUGACGAGUGAAAAUGUGCUUAUCAUGGAUAUGAAUGUCAUGAAAUAUUUUAGGGAGAUCUCUCAUGUGGUCUAAUAAAAGCAAGUAGAGCUGUU